AUGCAGACUCACAAGCCAAAACGCAAUUUCUCUCGCUUACCUCCGAUACCACGAGUUUUCAGUCAGCAUCUUGUGGCACCUGCCGGCACCGAGUCCAUUGGGUACGAUGUCAAUGAGUCAUCACAGCAUGUCGACUACUUUGAAAGAGUUGGACUCUUCAGCACAAAAUUUACGCAAAGCAUGUGGUUGACAUUUGGGGCUUUCCGCUGGAUUCUAUUGUUGAUCAUCGGCGUGGGAGCUGGUACAGUGGCCGUUGGCGUCGAGUUGGCCUUGCAUUUCUUGAUGGAGUGCAAACUCAAUUUAACAGAUUGGGUGGGCCAGGCCAGUGAAAGCCUUGGUUUGCAGUACGGGGCCUUGAUGAUGUUCAGCUUGUGCUGCAGUGCCGUUGCUGGUGUCCUCGUUUGUUUCGUCGAAGUGCUGGCCGCCGGAAGCGGCAUUCCCGAAAUUAAAUGCUACUUGAAUGGGAUUCAUCUGCCCAAGCUCGUGACGGGACGAACGUUAUUUGCAAAAGCUGUGGGAAUCGUAUUCUCAGUCAGUGCGGGGCUGCCUUGUGGGAAGGAAGGUCCCAUGAUCCACAGUGGCGCGAUUGUGGGGGCGAUGGUGAGCCACCUGAACUUGGAGCGGAGGCUUCGGCCUUUGAACUUGGAUGUGGAAAUGCGCGACUUUGUGGCGGCGGGAGCGGCUGCCGGUGUGUCUGCGGCUUUCGGGGCGCCCGUCGGGGCUGUCCUCUUCGCGGUGGAAGAGGGGGCCUCUCACAUGACGCCCCGGAUCUUGACGCAGCUGUUCGUUUCCAGCUCAGUAGCUUCAUUGAUUACUCGGCUCACUCUUGGCCCGAUCCUUGAAAAGCACACGGUGGGCUUGCUUGGGACGAGUGUCCCUGUAAGUUUCGGCCGCUUCAAGGAGAUAUCGUACCACUUCGUGGAAAUGUUUAUUUUCGCUUUGAUGGGAGUUGCUGCUGGACUGUUGGGCGCCAUGUUCAACCAUUUCAACCGCAGCAUUACGAAGUGGCGAAAGCGUCACGUGGGGCCAAGAGGUUGCACACGAUUCCUGGAAGUACUGUGCGUGACCCUUGCCAUUGCCACAAUGAAGUUUUGGAUGCCUGUUUUCGUUCGGGCUUGGGAUGCCAAGCACUGGGAGCCAGUUGUCCACGAGGACUUGACAGUGACACAGCGACUCUGGUUUGACGGCGGGCAGACUUCGAUGAUUUCUCUUUUCCAUGAGCAGCAUGCUUUCGAUGAGAUUUGGCUGCUCCUUCUCUUUGGCAUCUUCAAUCUGAUAACCACUUGUUGGACGUUUGGUUUGGGAGUUCCAGCGGGCCUCUUCGUGCCUUCCCUGCUGACAGGGGCUGUGCUGGGUCGCUGGGUUGGUGAAGUCUUGAACCGAACUCCGGAGUGGCUCAUCCCAGAGACAUGGGCCCAUCCGUCACUGUACGCGUUGGUGGGAGCUUCUGCCAUGCUGGCUGGCGUUGGCAGGAUUACGAUUUCAUUGGCCAUGAUCCUCACUGAAGCAACUGGCGCAGGAAACUUUGCAUUGCCCAUACUCAUGGUAGUUGUGAUCGCAACCUGGACCGGAAACCAGUUCAACCGCGGCAUCUACGAUCUCCACAUCAUUGAACUCAAACAAAUCCCACUCCUCGAGCAGACGCCAGCUGAUGUUAUGGUUCGUUACUAUGUGAAAGACAUCAUGAGCAAGAAAGUUGUGAGAUUGGAGGCCGUGGAGAAGGUGGGAACAGUCCUGGAUGUUCUGUCGUCUUGUAAUCACAAUGGCUUUCCCGUGGUGGACAUCGGGACACAGAAGUUGGAAGGCAUCAUCGAGCGUGGCUAUUUGCACCUGCUGUUGUCCCGGGGCAAUUACUAUAGCAUGUUCCAAGAUGAUCGAGACGCCAACACAGGUCAAUCAAUUGUUCCAUUCGAGGCCAUUGCAUGGCCAAACAUUCAUUCUUACCCGAGCGUGAGUGAGCUGAAGCGAAGACUUUCCAGCAAGAACUUGGAGAUGUGGAUUGACUUGCGGCCGUAUGUCAAUGCCAACGGUUAUUCUAUCCCGCCUCAUGCUUCGAUGGCAAGUGCUUUCUCGCUGUUCAGGCGACUUGGCCUGAGGCAUCUUCCUGUUGUUGAUCGGCACGGUGACCUUUGCGGAAUUUUGACACGCAAGGAUCUUAUUCUGGUCGAAGAGAACGAGGUCACGGGUGAACUUGUGCAGAGGUCUCAGCCGGCCUUGGUUUCAGACACUGGCUGGGCAUAUCGGAAGUCAGAAGCUCAUGAUUUGGAAUCAGGCACAUCAGCAGAGGACCUGGGGAUCGACAGCAUGCUUGAAAGUGAGACGGAUGGGAGCGACGCCUUCGUCGAGGGGGUCUCAAAUGGCCAUGCCGAGAGCAGUGAGUCCGAGGAGAGGACUGAUACUCCGCAAGGUCACAUUGCGUGCGAAUGGACUGUGCUGCCUGUGUCGGUAGGAGAGUUUGAUUGCAGCAUGUCUCAGUCAUGUCUACAAUGCCACGUUGGUCUUUACAGCUUGUGCUGA